GAAUCCUCCCACAGCAAAUCGAAUUCCAGUUUCCAAUCCCCAAAUCCUCCAGCCCGCUCGCCGCCGCUCCGUCACCUCCCGUCCAAUGGCCCGCACGAAGCAGACGGCGCGCAAGUCCACCGGCGGCAAGGCGCCGCGGAAGCAGCUGGCGACCAAGGCGGCGCGCAAGUCGGCGCCGGCGACGGGCGGCGUGAAGAAGCCGCACCGCUUCCGCCCGGGCACGGUGGCGCUGCGCGAGAUCCGCAAGUACCAGAAGAGCACGGAGCUGCUGAUCCGGAAGCUGCCCUUCCAACGGCUGGUGCGGGAGAUCGCGCAGGACUUCAAGACGGACCUGCGGUUCCAGUCCUCGGCGGUGGCGGCGCUGCAGGAGGCCGCGGAGGCCUACCUGGUGGGGCUCUUCGAGGACACCAACCUCUGCGCCAUCCACGCCAAGCGCGUCACCAUCAUGCCCAAGGACAUCCAGCUCGCGCGCCGCAUCAGGGGCGAGAGGGCCUAGAGCCGCCUCUGCUGCUCGUCCGUCGUCGUGGUGCUCGUUUACCUGCCCGCGGUGGGAGGACUAGAUCUAGAUGCACGGGCCGUUCGUUCCUUGCUGUGCUUUCUUGUAGUAAUGUUCUGAAUGCAUUGUCCUCACUGCAAUGGAAUAUGAUUGAUGGGUGGUUUCACUGCAA